UGAUGGAUCCUCCCUUUCCGCUGUCCCCUUACACUUAGCACUCUCUCCCUCCCAUUUCUCCCUUGCUUUUCAUUCUCAUUCUCUUUUCCAUUUUCAUUUUUCUCUUCUGAUCCAUGUCAAUCAACCUUCAUUUUUCAUUCAUUAACAUCUACUACUAGUAGUAACAGCCAACCUUUUUGAUUCCUAAUUAAUAAUGGAUGAACAUAACAUCCAGGACGACGAUAAGGACAAAGAGGCCCUCGCCGGUCUCUCCUCCGUCCCACCUCCCCAACGCAAGAUGCAUUCCUACAGCCAGCAGCUACGCGCCAACUCCGCGCAUAAGCGUCACCACCAAGUCCGCAAGCACAGCCUAGAUGACAUCCCCAAGCCCUCCGACCAUUACUACAACAACGAAGACUCUUCCGAUGACGACAUCUUCGCCCGAAAUUCCAACAAUGCCUCCGGUGAAGAUUAUAUUAUCACUCACUCUCAGAGGCUCGACCAGAACCUCUCCUUGGACAGUGGUUGCCCCCCCGAUGAUUCCCGCAAUUUCCAGCCUCUGCCCGAGUUCAUUGGCGCUGGAGGUACCAACGGUAUUUUCAAGGUCCCUAUGCGCGCCACCGUCCACCCUAGGCGCCCACCUUGCCUCGAGCUCAGGCCCCACCCUCUCAGGGAGACUCAAGUAGGGAAGUUCUUGAGGAACAUCGCUUGCACCGACAAACAGCUGUGGGCAGGCCAAGAGUGUGGGGUUCGCUUUUGGAGGUUCCAGGACGCUUAUCAACCUGGCCUUGGUACCAAAGUGAGGAGGGGUGAUGAGGAUGCUGCGCCCUUUCAGGAGUCUGGCAACACCGCCCCUACCAUCUGUUUGCUGGUAGAUAGCGCGAAUAGGUUGGUUUGGAGUGGACACAAGGAUGGAAAAAUUAGGUCUUGGAAGAUGGAUCACGCUGCGGAUGAACCUUCUCCUUUCAAGGAAGGCUUGUCAUGGCAGGCGCAUCGUGGUUCUGUUCUUUCUAUCGUCAUGAGCUCCUAUGGUGACUUGUGGUCAGGUGGCGAGGGCGGUGUUAUUAAGAUUUGGCCAUGGGAAUCCAUUGAAAAAUCUCUCUCUCUUAGACCUGAGGAAAAACACAUGGCUGCUUUAUUGGUAGAGAGGUCAUUCAUAGACCUAAGAAGCCAAGUCACUGUUAAUGGUAACUGUAGCAUUUCUUCCUCGGAUAUCAAGUGCUUGGUUUCCGACCGUGUAAGAGCCAAAGUUUGGUGCGCUCAGCCUCUUUCCUUCUCGCUAUGGGAUGCUCGCACGAAGGAGCUUCUCAAAGUAUUUAAUAUUGAGGGUCAGACUGAAAAUCGUGUAGACAUGCCAUCUUCAGAUCAAGGAGGCGCCGUAGAAGAUGAGAUGAAGGUGAAAUUUGUUUCCAGUUCUAAAAAGGAGAAAUCUGGGGGUUUUUUGCAAAGAUCCCGGAAUGCUAUAAUGGGAGCUGCAGAUGCUGUCCGUAGAGUUGCAACAAGAGGAGCAGGGGCAUUUGCAGAAGACAAUAAGAGGACUGAAGCACUAGUACUAGCUGCAGAUGGGACAAUAUGGAGUGGAUGUACGAAUGGCCUACUUGUGCAGUGGGAUGGAAGUGGAGUUCGCUUGCAAGAUGUUAGUCACCACCCUUGUGCAGUACAGUGCUUUUGUGCUUUCGGUGCACGAAUUUAUGUAGGCUAUGUUAGUGGGAUGGUCCAGGUGAUGGAUCUUGAGGGGAACCUGGUUGCCGGAUGGAUGGCUCACAACGGUCCUGUGAUAAAAUUGGCAGCUGGCGAUGGCUAUAUCUUCAGCUUGGCUACUCACGGGGGUAUACGUGGGUGGAGCAUCUCAUCUCCAGGGCCAAUUGAUAGCUUAUUACGAACAGACCUAGCAGAAAAAGAACCAAUUUACUCAAGACAAGACAAUGUCAGGAUGCUUGUUGGAACGUGGAAUGUUGGUCAAGGAAGAGCCUCUCAGGAAGCACUCAUGUCAUGGUUGGGUUCUGUUGUAUCAGACGUUGGCAUUGUUGUUGUUGGCUUACAAGAAGUGGAAAUGGGUGCAGGUUUCCUUGCAAUGUCUGCAGCUAAAGAAACCGUAGGACUCGAAGGGAGUUCUAUUGGGCAUUGGUGGCUUGACACAAUUGGCAAGGCCUUGGAUGAAAACACAACAUUUGAACGGAUGGGUUCUAGGCAGCUGGCAGGAUUGCUGGUUUCUCUUUGGGCAAGGAAGAGUAUUAGAACACAUGUUGGGGACAUUGAUGCGGCAGCAGUUCCGUGUGGCUUCGGUCGAGCUAUUGGCAAUAAGGGAGGUGUAGGUUUGAGGAUCAGAGUGUAUGAUCGGUUAAUCUGCUUUGUUAACUGUCACCUAGCUGCACAUUUGGAAGCAGUAAACCGCCGAAAUGCAGACUUCGAUCAUAUCUUUCGAAAUAUGUCCUUCUCCCGCUCAUCGAAUCUACUCAAUAAUGCAGCUGGUAUGGUGCGAUUACUGUUUUUCUGUUGCUCUCUUGCGUUCUCCACAUAUUUAUUUAGGCUGCUUUAUUCUUCUGGCUUGCCACUGGUGCUCUCUGUUGCAGCUGGAGCCUCCGCUGCUGUUCAAACGACUCGGGUCACAAAUGCUGCAGGUGUUAACACUGAAGAAACAAAGCUUGAUUUAGCUGAAGCAGAUAUGGUUGUGUUUCUUGGCGAUUUUAACUAUCGCCUGUUUGGUAUAUCUUAUGAUGAAGCUAGGGACUUUGUUUCUCAAAGAUGCUUCGAUUGGCUUAGAGAGAAGGAUCAGCUGAGGGCAGAGAUGAAAGCGGGUAAGGUUUUCCAAGGAAUGCGUGAGGCCAUUAUCAGAUUCCCUCCCACCUACAAGUUUGAAAGGCACAGACCUGGCUUGGCAGGUUAUGAUUCUGGCGAAAAGAAGCGCAUUCCUGCAUGGUGUGACAGAGUGAUAUAUCGUGAUAACAGGUCUGGACCGGUCGAUGAGUGCAGUUUGGAAUGUCCGAUAGUCUCCUCUAUUUUACUGUACGAGGCUUGCAUGGACGUUACGGAGAGUGACCACAAACCAGUGCGUUGCAAAUUCCACAGUACAAUAGCACAUGUAGAUAGAUCAGUAAGGAGACAAGCGUUUGGGGAAGUCUUGCAGGUGAAUAAGAAAGUUAAGGCUAUUCUUGAUGAAUUACGUUAUGUCCCAGAAACAGUUGUUAGCACCAACAACAUUGUCCUUCAAAACCAGGACACAUCAAUCCUCCGAAUCACCAACAAAUGUGAAAAGGAUAAAGCUAUAUUUAGAAUCGUUUGUGAAGGUCAGUCCACUGUGAAGGAUGAGGAGGACACGGCUGAGUACCAUCCAAGAGGCUCCUUUGGCUUUCCACGGUGGCUCGAGGUUACACCAGCUGCUGGCAUCAUCAAACCAGAACAGUCUGUGGAGGUUGCGGUCCAUCAUGAAGAGUUCCACACCCUAGAAGAUCUUGUUGAUGGCAUCCCGCAGAACUGGUGGUGUGAAGACACUCGUGAUAAGGAAGUGGUAUUGACGGUGUCUAUAAACGGCAGUUGCUCAACAGAAACAAAAAGCCAUCAGAUCCGCGUGCGUCACUGCUUCUCAGCAAAGACAGUCCGCAUCGACUCAAAGUCCAGCACCAGCAAGAAAAGCCAAGGAGGUAGCAGGAAGAUCAGCAGCUCCUCAGAUGCGAUUGAUGAUUCCAGGAACUGACAUAACCCUUGAAGCUAGAAGUGAGGUCUGUAUGUAGAACAUAUAUAGGGCAGAUGUAGAUGCAAUGCAAGGCAACAACUGGAAGGAGCUAGCGCUGCCUGUGCGUGUGCCUGAGCCUGAGGCAAGGAGGUCUGUGGUUGCCUCAGUCAUUCAUUCCAUUUUAUUCACAACUCAAGUCAGUUUCUUGAUGUAAAUACUAAAAGAAGCAUGGCAACUAUUUGAGAUGUUGGGUUGGGACUGUUGAUUUGAUUUGUUAAGUUGUUGUGGCUUCUUUUCUCUUAUAUUUAGCAAUCCAUAUUCUUUUCAUGUAUUCACGGACUACUACAAGCAUUCCUUGCUUGAAGGCAGCACAGUGUAAUGUUUCUGAAUGAUUUAUUUAAUUUUCUAUUUAUUUAUUUAA